GGCUGGCCGGAAGUGGUGGGAGUCAGAAGUUUUGGGAGCCAGAUCCUGAGACAGGUCAAGGGUCAGUGCAGAGCCGGUAGGAGAUGGUGAAACAGACCAUACAGAUUUUCGCGAGGGUGAAGCCCACUGUCCGGAAGCAGCAGCAAGGGAUUUAUUCCAUAGAUGAAGAUGAAAAAUUAACCCCUAGCCUGGAAAUUAUCUUACCACGGGAUUUGGCAGAUGGAUUUGUGAAUAAUAAGCGAGAAAGCUACAAAUUUAAAUUUCAAAAGAUUUUUGAUCAGGGUGCAAACCAAGAGAUGAUUUUUGAAAACAUUGCCAAACCAGUUGCUGAGAGUGUCUUGGCAGGUUACAAUGGUACCAUCCUUGCUUAUGGGCAAACAGGCAGUGGGAAGACAUUCACCAUCACUGGUGGGGCAGAACGCUACAGUGACCGAGGCAUUAUCCCAAGGACACUAUCGUACAUUUUUGAACAAUUACAAAAGGACAGCAGCACAAUACAUACAACGCACAUUUCCUAUUUGGAAAUCUACAAUGAAUGUGGUUAUGAUCUAUUGGAUCCAAGACAUGAAGCCUCCAGUUUGGAAGAUUUGCCGAAAGUGACAAUAUUGGAGGACCCUGAUCAGAACAUUCACCUGAAAAACCUGUCUCUCCAUCAGGCAGCCACAGAGGAAGAAGCUCUAAAUCUGCUCUUCUUAGGAGACACCAACAGAAUGAUUGCUGAGACUCCAAUGAACCAGGCUUCAACUCGUUCCCACUGCAUUUUCACUAUUCACUUAUCAAGCAAGGAACCAGGAUCUGUGACUGUCCGGCAUGCUAAACUUCAUUUGGUUGAUCUGGCUGGUUCAGAGCGAGUUGCAAAGACUGGAGUAGGGGGUCAACUUCUAACAGAGGCCAAGUAUAUCAACUUGUCCCUACAUUACUUGGAACAGGUGAUCAUUGCUCUUUCCGAAAAACACCGUGCACACAUUCCCUACAGGAACUCCAUGAUGACCAGUGUCCUAAGAGACAGUUUGGGAGGGAACUGCAUGACGACCAUGAUCGCAACACUCUCUUUAGAGAAAAGGAAUAUCGACGAGUCGAUAUCUACCUGUAGAUUUGCACAACGAGUGGCGCUCAUAAAGAAUGAAGCUGUUCUUAAUGAAGAAAUCGAUCCUAAAUUGAUGAUUAUACGCCUACAAAAAGAAAUCCAGGAACUGAAGGAUGAACUGGCCCUUGUCACUGGAGAGCAGAGGACAGAGGUGCUCACAGACGCAGAGCUGCUUCAGCUGGAAAAACUAGUAUCAUCCUUUUUGGAAGACCAAGAUCCAGAAAGUAGACUAGCGGUUGGCACUGAUAUGCGUAAAAUUCAUCACUGUUUCCAUCAUUUAAAGAAACUAUUGAAUGACAAGAAGAUUCAUGGAAAAAGCACAGUCUCCUCUGAAAUCAAAGAUCAAGACUGCCAAGAACCAUUAAAAGAGGAAGAAUACCAAAAGCUCCGAGACAUUCUACAGCAGAGGGAUAAUGAAAUCAAUAUUCUGGUCAAUAUGCUAAAGAAGGAAAAAAAGAAAGCUCAAGAUGCUCUCCACUUAUCCAGCAUGGAUAGAAGUGAAUGUAGACACUCACAGAGCUCACCCUUCCCACCUGGGAACCCUGAAGGUCUGAGGAUGUUGCCAUCCUCAACAACCACACAAGUCCAGGAUGUCAGCACUUUUGGGUACCAAUCCAGUUUGCUCCACAGAAAAACAGGGAUGAGAGAAGAAAUGUCAUUAGGACGACAAGAGGCUUUUGAAAUCUUCAAGAGAGACCACGCUGACAGCAUCACCAUCGAAGACAACAAACAGAUUUUGAAGCAGAGAUUUUCUGAAGCGAAGGCCCUGGGAGAAAGUAUAAAUGAAACAAGAAAUAAAAUUGGUCGCCUGAAGGAAGAAAUCACCCAGCGGCAUAUGCAGCAGGUAGCUCUAGGCAUCGCAGAAAACACAGCCGUGCCUUCGAUACCAGACUUGCUGGAAGAGAAGCUUCGAUCCCAGCUGGAGGAAGAAAAGAGAAGGUAUAAGGUAAUGUUCACCCGCCUGAAGGCCCUGAAGGUGGAGAUCGAGCACUUGCAGCUGCUCAUGGACAAGGCCAAGGUGAAGCUGCAGAAAGAGUUUGAAGCCUGGUGGACAGAGGAAGCCACCAGCCUGCAGGUAAACUCGCCAGCAAUGAACUCACUCACUUACAUGAAACCCUUUCCCCAGACGCCUGAGUCCCAGCAAGAGAGGCCUCAGCUUGUCUCUAACAAAAGCAAAGUGAACGCCAGGAAAAUCUUGCCCUUGCCUUACCAGACCCCACAGAGCCGGGAGCACAACAGCACCAGCAGCCCCCUGGAAGACAGCAUCCCUAAGAGGCCAGCAUCAUCUGUCCCUCUCACCGGGGACAGCCAGACGGACUCGGACAUCCUGGCAUUCAUCAAGGCCAGACAGAGCAUUCUACAGAAGAAAUGUUUUCAGUAGGUGUCCAGCCAUACAUCGUGGCCGCAGGAACAGAGUACGGAUGAAGGAAGGCACCUUUUCUCACUCACCCUGGCUUCGGACAUGAUCUGCGGUCGGCUAAGAGCAACUAGUGAUUUUGGCUCCAAUAGAAGGGGUUGUGUUUCCUUAAGGAUGGUGUCCUGAAGGCUGCCGGUGAGGCUGGGGCUAGGGCUUAGGGUGCCAUCCUUGCUGUAGGUGCUGGAGACAAUGCCAGGGUGCCAGGGGUGGGACAGCGGCUUCUGCUCACUUUUGUGGUGCUGCUUCCCAUGGUCGAUUACAAACCCGGGAUAUUAUGAAACAGUACCAUCAGAAUGUAGUGGCAGGGGAAGCUCGUGCUGGUAGAAUAUAAGAGAAAUGAUAACCCAUUAUUUUUAGCUAACUACCAACCAGGCGUAGGAGCCCAGGAAUAGCUGGGGCAAGUCAGGCAGGAUGGGGUGUCAGAGCCCAAGAUAAAGCAGCUGAAUACAAAGCAUCUUGAUAGCCAGUCCUGAUCUCCCAAACCAAACCUUCCACCAUCACCCUCAUAGCCCGGAUGACCCAUAGACAGCACCUGAAUCAGCCGUAUUUCCAGGGAGCCACCCACCCAGCAGGGUCCAAGGACAUCGCUGCACCCUGAGAGCAGGAGAUGGCUCCCGGGAGCCCUGCAGAGAGUUUGAGAGGGGGCGGUAUGGGCAGCUGGGGCCUCACACCCUUACGAAGCCACUUGGGCAAGGAUUGGGGCUAAAACUUUCCACACCCACCAAGGAAACAAAGCUGCUGGGGGCUUCCCUCCAUGAGCCUUUUCAGCACUCCAGAGCCUGGCUGCAGGAUAGAGACCCAGAGGAGGGUGGGCCAGCCCUCAGAAGGCCCUCAGAGAACUUCCACCUAGCCUGCGUAAGGGCAGUGUCAGCAAGGUCCCAAGCCAGCUGUAGGUGGGGAGGGGUGUGGAGUGGGUAGAGGAAUGGCACCACGAUGAAGCUAAGUGAAUAAAAGUGUCUGUCUACCACUCCCACUAUCUCUGUCCUAUAAAUACAGGACCUGCCACCACAGAGAGCAGAGAGAAAAUACAUAUAAUUGGCUUAAUUUCUCCCCUUGCCAGGACUGGGUAAAAGGGUCAUGUGGGAGAAGGUAGAUGAUCACAUUUCAGAGCCAGUCUGCCCAUAGAGCCCCCCUAAUCCACACCCCUAUUGAUAAUAUUAGAAACAGAGAGGAGGGACUGGCUUCUAAGAGCUAGUUAGUGGCAAGGGUCCCCUCCUCAGGGGGCUUUCCCUAACCCCCCAACUAGAGCCACCCCCAUUUCUCUGUCUCAUUUUCCCCAUCACUACGUGACAUAUUAUCUUUCUUUAUUUGCUUAUUUUUUUAUGGCCUGCCACCCCUCCCCGAGACUAAAAGCUCCAUGACAACAAAGACCUAUAGGUCUUGCUCACCUCCGUGUUCCCAGCACAAGUUCGUACUGAAUAAAUAAUCCUUCAAUUAAUGAGUGGCAGAGUCAGAACCCAGAUCUCCUACUCUCGGGCUCAUGUCUGUCCCACGCCUUUACUCUGGCUCUGCGACUGAGGCCGAUUGAGGCAGAGUCCAGUCUCUCUGGUCGACCCAGUCCCUCAUGGUUCUGUGGCACAUAGUAAGUCCUCCAUAAAGUCUAUAGAACCCGGGAAGAUCAAACAGAGCCCUUCCAGCCUGAUCCUAGAAACCUCCCCAAGUCCACAGGGCCGACACGUAGCAAACAGACACACGCUCUCAAGAAUGCUGAAGGCAGCAUAGAGUUGGCCAAAACCCCUCGGAGACAGCCUCAGUGUACCUAGCACACCUGAGUGCCUUCAGCCCUCUAGAGCUGGUCAGAGUCUAUUGACUUUAGAUCUCCUGCUGAGAACUUAUCUCCAGGAUCCAAAGGCCUUAUUGACAGAGAUGUGUGGUAUGGCCCCACGCAGGGUGUGAACCCACCUCCUGGAGCAGAGAGAAAAGAAGAGAGAAAAACAGACAGCUGGGUCAUGGUGUCCUGCAGGGGUCAUAUACAAAGUGUAUGCAGCCACUGGAGAGGGAGCCCCCUCUCCAAAGGUCCCCUCUCAAUGGAAGCUGGGCCUUGGACAUGGACACAUGCUUGAGCACAGUGCAUCUUCUCCAAAGUUCACUGGCUUCUAAAAGGGGAGAAAUGGAUGCAAGGCUCUGGAAAGACUGUCCAGCAACCCUGAGCUCAGUGGAGCAUCUGAGUUCACUCCAGGCCAAACUGGAGCUUUCCAAGACAUCUUCUGGAAAGUAGCCUGGCCGGUGACUCCAGCUCAGUCCCUACUAGAAUUCAAUUUGCUCUGCUAUUCACUUGACAGCGAUGUGAGGAGAAGGAGGGUGGUCUAGAUGUUAGGAGGAGGGCUUGCUCAGAUCUUGCUAAAAGGGAUUUUUAGGAAGCAGACAUAGAAACUGUGGUAGAUCAAAUAGCCAGUCUUAAGACUUUACCCUCUGUAAUAAAAUUAUACAUCCAGAGCUUUGCCAUGGCCUCAUGGUGGCAGGGUAUACUUUCCUACCCCUUAAAUUUGGUCUUGAAUUUGGUCUUGGUCCUGUGACUUGCCCUGCUCUAUGGGAUGUUAGCAGACAUGAUGCAAGCCUUACAUGCUUGGGCUUGCCUCUUUGCACUCCAGGGAUCUGCCUUGAGAAGAACAUGCCUGGGAUAGGUGCUGCUCCUUCGGCCUCCAUCCCAGAACAUACAGAGAGCAUAUCUAAGCCCAGCCUAUAGCCUGGAGCCAAGCCCAGCUGACCUGUAGCUUGGAGCAGAGCUUCCCUGUCAAGCUCAGCCCAGAUCAGCUGAACACUGGCUGACCCAAAGACCCCAUAUAAGGCAUUGAGACUUGGGGUGAUUUGUUAGGGAGCAUUAAUUGUAGCAAUGGCUAACAGAUACAGAUAUUGAAACCCAGAAAGGGUAGAUGGCUAGAUGCAGAAUUUCUCAAAGUUCACUCUUUCCUUCCAUGCUGCCUACUGAAAUGCACUUGAGAGUAAGCUGUGUAUGAAAAAAUAGGACACCACUUAUGACCAUGAAAGAGCGACAGGGACCUGAUUUACCCUCCUGCUUGAAAUAACUGAAAACUAGACAAAAUGUAUAAAACAAUGGAAGAAGGCAGUACAGGACACCAACCGCCAAGAGAAGUGAAACAAGCAAGGUGAGCCCAAGAUUGCGGCACUUAACUUCAUGCAGGGCUUGGGCCUCAGUCCAGGAGAAGGCCACCAUGGGGCGCCUAGUGGUUUGCUGAGUCGAGGAGCUGGUACCAGGGGUCCAGGGAGGCCAAGGUGGCUUCCACUGGCAAGGUGAAGGACAAGGGAUGAGAAAGCUGCAGACAGACAGAGCGGACAGACUCCGACGAUCUCCAGAGGGCACUGUGGAGACUCUCAAGUCUUCAGCUCACAGCUGGGCAGUGCAUGGUGGGGAGGAAAUCACGCAGGGCUGGGGAAAGAACCACCAGAAAGGAGCAAGUGGAACCAUCUCCAGAAAUAACACAGGGUUGGGAAUAGUUCAUGCUCCCAACAGCCACAGUGGAGAAACCUUCUCACAAAAGAGUCAUUGAACAGAAAUCACGUAAAGGUACUGCCAUGGAAGUGGGGCCAAAUUAGCCAUAGAUCAAAGCUCUUCUGGUUCUACCUAACACAAUCUAAAAAGUAAGCCUCAAGAGAGGCAAACUGUUUUCAGUAAGUUUCCAAACAAAGCUCAAAAAUAUGUAAAGGAUCCCUGGGUGGCACAGUCGGUUAAGUCUCUGACUCUUGGAUUCAGCUCAGGUCAUGAUCUCAGAGUUGUGAGAUCAAGCCCCAUGUCGGGCUCCAAGUUCAGUGAGGAAGGAGUCUGCUAAAGCUUCUCUCUCCCUCUCCCUCUGCCCACCCCCCAAUCAUGCACUCUCUCUCUCUUGCUCUCUCUCUAUCUCAAAUAAAUAAAUCUUUUUUAAAAAAAUAUUUAAAGGGAUUAAAAAAAAAAAACCUAACACGUAACAAUGUAGAAGUGGCACCCAGUAAAAAAAUUACCAAGCAUUCAAAGAGGCAGGAAAAUAUGGCCUGUAGGAGAAAAACCAAUCGAAAGAAUUAGAAACAGACCGAGGAAUGACACAGAUGAUUGAAUUAAUAGACAAGGACUUUUUUUUUAAUGCAAUGGGUGUAUGUUUAAAAUAUAGGGAGAAAGAUGCCCCUUAUCAUUCCUUAGAUGUAAACAUGACUCAGUCAUCUGGUCAUUCUUUUAACAAGGAUGUGCCAUCCACUGUGCUAAGUUCUGAUGACUCAGAGGCGACUGGGACAGAGAAAGUGCCAGCCCUCUUAGAACUUACAUUCUAAUUAGGGAGACAGACAGCAAUUAAACAAGGGAAUCUGAGCUAAGAAGGAGUUGGGGUGGGAUAGGAUGGGCCUGGGCUCACCAUCAAGGUGGGUCAGAGUGUGAGAGCUGGGGCAGAGUACUGAGAGGAAGGUGGAAGAGGCAGGCUCAGAACUAGAAUGCCAGGUCAGGGGUUUGAUGUUGUGAAGAGGCCUGGGGCUGAGCCGUCGACUAGGAAGGUGGAGCAUGGCAAAUAGGGGGACUUAGGGGAUCUGAGUCAUUGAAGAAUAUGGAGGGAGAGAGUAUUUCAUGACAUGUGUCCAGGGGUCUGCCAGGGCAACCAGACAGAGGAGGUGUGGAAGGGUUGGCUGUGAAUGUUAGAAGGUGAAAAUGUCCGUGUAAAAUGUGGAAGGAGAAAUAGCAUUUCCUUUAACACAGGUUCCAUCUCCGGUGUGGCAGGUGGCCCCUGGCUAUGGCCCUGGAUGCUUCUGUCAGGGCUAGGGAAGAGGUGGCAAACUUUAUUAUGGUUAACUGCUCUGUUUGGGUUUCCAUGGCCAAGUGCCAGUGAGCAGGGCUGAGCCCAUGUUAUGCACAUUGAGGGGGAACUCGGAGCAACCAGCAAACAGAAAGCUGGUGAGGGAUGUCUCUCUCUCACUUUGCUCAACUCCUUGUCUUGAGAAGGCAGCCCUUCCCCAGACCAGCCCCAUGGCCCCUGCACUCCCUGUCCGAUGUGUGAGAUACUAAUGUCAUCUCUCCUCUGAAGUACCUUUUGGGUUGGCCUUUUCCAUGACUUUCCUUAGAGCCAGGCAAGGAGAUGCCCUCAGCCAUGCCUCAGACACUUUGAAGUGCCUUGGCAGAAAGUUUCUAAACCUCCCUCCAGCACUGGGACCUGCCAUGGCCAACAGUGUCAUC